UUGUAGCAAAAUGAGAGAAUUUCUGUGACAAUAGGUGCAGUCCAUGUGGAUUUCAGGCCUUCAUUCAGUUUGCCCAGGUUGUGUCAUGGAGGAGAGAGUUGCUAUCUGCCGGUGUCUUUUUUGGUGCCGCCACUGGGGAGUUUAAUAUUUAAGUUUAAUAUUUUCAAGUUGUACACAUAGUGGAUUCUACUGAAAGAUGUAACUGCUGGGAGGGAUGUUACAGGUCAUAGAGAUUAGUAGUCCCCUUACAUCAGUGUUUUCCAAUCAAGACUGUCUUAAAAUUAUAUUCAGGUGCACAUGUGUACACUGAAACUGUUUUUACUUAUUCCUCCUGUUCAUACUGCCCAUUACAAGGUCCCUUCCUUAUAUGUUUCCACUGAAAUUGAUGGGCGACAAAAUCCAUAGUUCUGUGUAAAAAUACAUUCAAUCCGAGUUGGAAAAAUCAAGUAGAAAUCUUCCAAAGUUACUGUCCUUUUAGUCUGAAAUUCCCUCUUACCUUAAUAUUUGUAAAACUAAAACAGCCUCGAGUUUUUUUUUUUUUUUUUUCCUUCUAUAACCUUUUCAGCUCCUCCUUUUCGUUUUUGGGACCAUUUAAUUUGUAUUUCCGUUUCGUUCUGUCAUCUUUCCAUUAUUUCCCUCCUGACAUAAUGGACGCAUCCACUUGAAGGGGGGGGGGGGGGGGGUGUGUGACAACGGUCCUGCACCUGCCUUGUUACCUGAUAAGAACAGGAAAGCCGGGUGGUUUAGUUUGUGCACCUUCCUUCAGCUUGGUUAUUUUUAAACCACCGGUUCACACGGUAAAAGGUAACUAAUGCCAGAAAAGUAGCAGCAGAAGUCGGAUGCAGUCUUCCGCCAUGAUCCCCUGAUGGCUUUAAUUUACAACCCCUAAUCAAUUGCACCUGGUGUGAUGUGAUUCACCUGCUCUCAGUUUAGUGGAAGCAGCUGCAUAAAGUGGGAGACAGGGCAAAAAGUGCAUGUCGCGCAUUUUUAGACUUUAGAGAGCCUGCUUUGUGUGUAGUGUUUGUUUUUUAAUAUUAUAUUCGCAGUAAUGCCUCCUAAAAAGCAAGCAGCGGACUCUGCUGAUCCGACUUUGUCAUCCUCCAAAGAUGCCCCAGUAGAAGAGAAAGCUGAGUCAAAAUCAGAUGCUGCGGCCCUGCGCAAACUGGCAGCUCAUCCAUCCACAGCCAUUAUGGUGAAAGAGGCGCUUAAAGAGCUGGACUCACGCAAAGGGGUUUCAUCCCAGGCGAUACAGAACUAUAUUAAACAGAAAUACCCCUCGGUGGAUUUGGUUAGGUUGAAGCACUUGGUUCGUAGAGCCCUGAAAAAAGGAAUCGAGAAUGGCACGCUGGUGCGGCCUGCCAACUCCAGUGUCACUACAGGCGCCAUGGGAAAAUUUAGGCUUGCACCGAAAGUCAAGGAGCCAAAGCUUAAAACUGAGAACACAGAUCCUAAUGUGCAAAAAGCUCCAAAAGAAGCCAAGGAUGGAGCCAAGAAGCCUUCAAAUGCAGGUGCCAAAAAGAAGAAAGAUGGGGUUAAGGAACAGGAACAGGCCAAUUCACAGGAGGACUCAAAGCCUUCCAAAAAGUCAAAGAAAAAUGAUGAGGCUGCUACCUCAAAGGCUGCUCCAGCAAAGAAGCCAAAAGCUAAGAAAGCUGCAGAGAAGGGGGAUGAUGAGGGAGACUCUGCUUCAACCAAAACAAAGGCAUCGAAGGCAGCCAAGUCCACUAAAAAGGCAAAGGCGGGAAAACCAUCCACGAGCAAGGCUGCUAAAGCGGGCAGUAAUGCCCCUGCCUCUAAAGCAACUGGGAAGCGAGGGAAGAAAACUGGAGAGUAAAUUUAGUUGACUGAUGUUUUUUUUUUUUGUUUGUUUUUAUACUGUUGCAAUAAAAUCUUAACUUUA